AUGAAUGGGCCUUCACAACAGCUGUUAAAAGUUCUAAGCAGGAAUCGACGUGAGGAUGUUGUCCAGAAGGCUAUCGACGUGAUUCGAAAAGAGUUUGAGGUAGGGGACGCUGAAGUAACUUAUAAAUGGUAAAGAUUUACAGUUUCGUGAGUGAUCGUGUACCUUCCCAGUUCACGGACGAACAAUGGAAAAAGUGAGUUAUUUAGGUAAAAGCUGAGUAGUCAAAUUGACCUUUGUAUCAUUAACUUAUCUAUUUAUAGGUUAUACUAUUUAUGAAUCUGUUUUAGUAUGUUGUUUAUGAAGGCUCCUGCUCAGCGAGUAGACUACUGGCAUUUCCUAGCAUUAAACGAGCGACGUGCAGAGAAUGAUAAGCAAAAACGUGAAAGGAGGAAGGAGGUCGUGCGACAAUCCAGGGAUGAUGAGGUAAUUUACACUAGGACGUCUUCCUUGGUUUAAGGAUGUUUGAACUGUAUGAAUUAAAUAAGAAUUUUUUUUAGAGACAGAAGUUCGAAAGUGGUUUAAUGGGGUAUGGGUCGGCGAUGUACCAGUUAUAUUAUAAUCGAUUUGGCGACGAAAGUAAGUUUUUUUAUAUUUUGGUAUUUUGUGUUUAGCUGAGAAGUACGACAACAUUAAGGUUACAUGAUUGUUUAAAUUUACAUUAAUUUUUUAUAUUUGAUGAGGUUGACUAAAAUUUUUACUGCUUUUUUUUGUUUUAAAGGUUAUUUAUUGUUAGUUUAGCAAUAAUUUAAUGUCUUUGCUUACAGACCUUGAAGAUCCUGGCGUACACAGAUUGGCGGCGGUUGAAAGACUGAAAGAUGUACCUAAAGUUGCAUUAGAUCUACAAUUUCUGAGGACAGAAGAACAGAAGCAGUUUAAUAAGAUGAAAGAACAAGUCAGAGAUUUACAUUCUGUAAGUUAACUUUUAUUCUUACAGGCAAUAGACAGUGUGUAUUUUUUUAUGAAUAAUGUAUUUCAGUAUCAACGAAUCCAAUCAAAGUAUCCACUACCUUUUGAGCUGAUUAACUUUGACCAACGAAUUGCAAGAACUAAGACGUUUGUUGAGUAAGAUUUUUGUUUUAUCUUUUAGUUUUAGGCAUCUUUUUGAAGACACUAAGUUAAUAAAAUGACAUAAUUUGACAUUAUUUUUGUUGCAGUAGUUUUGGAUACAUGAAUCGUAACAUACCAGCUGCAUUCUUGCCAGCAGUAGCUGCACACAAUCCCUACAAAGGCAGAAGAAAUGUUGUGUACAUCAGUCGACAUGCUAGGCACGUUCUGGACGGUCCUCUAAAACAUGAUACCUACAUUGUGCCAGUUUCAUUUGACAAUCACAAAGUUUGUUUUAGUGCCGCUUUAAGGGAUAAUAUAAGACCAGUUGCUUUACCUAUUCAGAAGUAUAUCAAGUAAGUGGAUUUACUUUUUUAGUGUUUCGAAUUUGUUUUUUAUUCAGUUUUCUCUUAUUAUGAUAAUUUUAAUAUUGUUUUCAUUACUUUUAGGUGGUCGGGCCCUAUCACUUACCCCUUGGUUAACGUGUUCAAGACUCUGGAGAUUGUGGCCAGAACUGGCGGUGACUGGGAGUUGGCUAUCAGGUCUUCGUACUCUAGAAGGUACAUGAUGUCGCAAGAGGAAAGAGAUGACUUUAAAAAGAAUAAUACUCAUGUUGGCGUUGCUUAUGACAGACAGGUCGAGAGGCAGCAGAUAAUGGAGAUGAUAGAACAAGGUGUUAAAGAGCGGGUGACGUUGUGA